GCGAGUGUGAAACAGACUCAAAGAUGAAGCAUUAUUGUAUCAUCAAACACGCCGUCUUCAAAGAGUUCCUCGCCGAGUUCCUCGGGACGUUUGUGCUGGUGUUGUUUGGUUGUGGGUCUGUGGCUCAGACGGUGUUGAGCAGAAACACACUCGGCGAGCCGUUGACCGUUCACAUCGGCUUCAGCACUGGACUCAUGAUGGGUGUGUAUGUGUCCGGCGGCGUCUCAGGUGGUCACCUGAAUCCCGCCGUCUCUCUGGCGAUGGUGGUUCUGGGGAAGCUGAAGUUCUGGAAGUUUCCCAUCUAUAUUCUCGCUCAGCUGCUGGGAGCGUUCGCAGGAGCGGCCGGAGUGUUUGGACUCUAUUACGAUGCGUUCAUGGAUUUCACGAGUGGAAUUCUGUCUAUGACGGGAAUCAGUGCCACAGGACACAUUUUUGCAUCCUAUCCCGGCAGACACCUCACAAUACUGGGCGGAUUUGUGGAUCAGGUGGUUGGCACAGGAAUGCUGGUUCUGUGUAUUCUGGCCAUCAAUGACGGGAGGAACAUGGGUGCUCCUAAAGGUGUGGAGCCUCUAGCCAUCGGUCUGAUUCUCCUGGGCAUCAGUGUUUCUAUGGGCCUGAACUGCGGAUACCCGCUGAAUCCCGCACGAGAUCUCGGGCCGCGGCUCUUCACCGCUGUAGCUGGAUGGGGGAUGGAGGUGUUCAGUACUGCUGAUUACUGGUGGUGGAUUCCCGUGGCAGGACCGCUGGUGGGGGGUGUGGCCGGUGCAAUCAUCUACUUCCUGUUGAUUGAGUUGCAUCACUCCAAUCACACGGACAAGCCUCAUGAAGAACCUGUGGAAGAGGAGGAGGACGAGGAGGAUGAAGAUGAGGACAGCAGCCUGAAGGACAAAUAUGAGAUGAUCAACAUGAGCUAGAAACCAGAAGCAUGAAUUUACAGAAGAUACAUGAAUGAGUGAAUAAAUGUUCAAUAAAACUUCAGUUCAAAUACCACAGAAAAUCAUUUCAACUCUUAUUGUUUGUAUUAUAAAGACAAACAAAAAUGACUCAAAAUGGAAACACAUUGAAAUAUUAUGCAAUAUUUAAUAUACAUCUAAUAUAUAUGAAAGGGCUGUUUCUACAGAGAGAAAUCACACAGGAAUCAUGUCUGUAACACAAAACCAGACGUUCAUCUGCCAAGAAACGUUCCACCUCAAAAGAAUGAUUCAGAGACACAUAAUGGCAAUAAUAUACUGUAAGUGCUUUAACAAAAGUACAAGCUGCACAUUUGUGCUUUUAACCCUUCAGAACACUUUCCCCAUAGAUAUCCAUCGUAUGUGCUUUACUGUAAACACUUGUGAGGAAUUAAACCAUUCUUAUGGUAAUCGACUGCAUGUUACAGACGCUCUAGAGCUGGACUUCAAUCCAGAACAUUCAUGUACAUUUGCUCUGUAAGAUGUUGUUAAUUAUACUGUUCAUGUUCGAUUGAUCUGUGCUGUCGUCCUCUCAUCAGGAAAUCUGUCCAGAUUGUGUCUUUAUACUGUUCAUGAAAAACCUCCAGAGACGAACACACGGCUGCAUUUCACAUUCAGUGUUUCUGCACAUCUCAUUAACAGAUUUCAC